AUGGGGCAGCGCCUGAGCGGCGGCCGCUCCUGCCUCGAUGUCCCCGGCCGGCUCCUGCCGCAGCCGCCGCCGCCCCCGCCGCCGGUGAGGAGGAAGCUGGCGCUGCUCUUCGCCAUGCUCUGCGUCUGGCUCUACAUGCUCCUGUACUCGUGCGCCGGCUCGUGCGCCGCCGCGCCCGGGCUGCUGCUGCUGGGCUCGGGGUCCCGCGCCGCCCCCGCCCCGCCCGCCCCGGCCUCGGGUGCCGACGGGCCUCCCCCGAGGCGGCCGUUCCCGCCGGCGCCAGCCCCCCGGUCGGCUGCCGGCAGCGAGACGGCCGGGGGCGCCGCGAGCCAGGAGGAGCGGGGUCGCGAGGCGCCGGACGCCCCCAGCCCCAUCUCCAGCGUCUUCAGUGGGUCCGGGAGCAAGCAGCUGCCGCAGGCCAUCAUCAUUGGCGUGAAGAAGGGCGGCACGCGGGCGCUGCUCGAGUUCCUGCGCGUGCACCCCGACGUGCGCGCCGUGGGCGCCGAGCCCCACUUCUUCGACCGCAGCUACCACAAGGGCCUCGCCUGGUACCGGGACCUGAUGCCGAGGACCCUGGACGGGCAGAUCACCAUGGAGAAGACUCCCAGCUACUUCGUGACGCGCGAGGCGCCCGCGCGCAUCUCGGCCAUGUCCAAGGACACCAAGCUCCUGGUGGUGGUGCGGGACCCGGUGACCAGGGCCGUCUCGGACUACACGCAGACGCUGUCCAAGCGGCCCGACAUCCCCAGCUUCGAGAGCCUGGCCUUCAGGAAUCGGACGGCGGGCCUGGUGGACCGGUCGUGGAGCGCCAUCCAGAUCGGCCUGUACGCCGAGCACCUGGAGCGCUGGCUGCGCCACUUCCCCGCCCGCCAGAUGCUCUUCGUGAGCGGCGAGCGCCUGGUGCGCGACCCGGCCGGCGAGCUGGGCCGCGUGCAGGACUUCCUGGGCCUCAAGCGCAUCAUCUCCGACAAGCACUUCUACUUCAACCAGACCAAGGGCUUCCCCUGCCUGAAGAAGGCCGAGGGCAGCGGCCGCCCGCACUGCCUGGGCAAGACCAAGGGCAGACCCCACCCCGAGAUCGCCGGCGAGGUGCUGCGGCGGCUGCGCGACUUCUACCGGCCCUUCAACCGCAAGUUCUACCAGAUGACGGGCCACGACUUCGGCUGGGACUGAUGGGGCCCCUGCCCCCGGGGCUUUGGAAAUAUUGAGAGAGAUUAUAUGUAUGUAAAAUGUACAGAAAUCUAUUUUAUGAUAAUUUAUUUUUAAUUCAUAAGCAAUUAAUUCACUAAGCUGCCUAGCCACACUCUUUAGAGAGUCACAUAAUCUGUUAACAUUCCAAAGUGUUUCUAAUAUUUUCUUCUUGUCCUCACAGUGGAUGGUGCUUCUAUUUUUGUUUUUUGUUUUUCUUUCUACCCAUUGUAUUUAAAAAGAAGAAAAGCACAACUUGAGAUUUUUGUUGUUACGGGUAUGCAGCCUUCGGUCGCCGUCUGGGUGCACUUGCCAUCUCCUGGUACUCCUUCCUGCCUGGACGCCUCUGGGAGCUCUGAGCUGCCAGACCUUCACGUAGCAGCUUCUUCGACCAGUGCCGUCACGUCCAAGGGUGCAGACUCCAGACCACAGCGCUAGGCCUCCCCCAAGUCCGCUCAGCACACGGGGGAGUCGUUACCAUGGCAGGGACGUACGCAUCCUUUUAGAGUCUGCCUGUCUGGGCCCUUGACUUUAGCUUUUGAUUUUGAAGGAUGCCCCUUCUUCCUCUUCUGCUCUGUCCCUGGUUCAUUAACCGGCUUGGAGUGUAUGCAAAUGUUAGUCACCUCCUCUUUCCCAGGUCCCGUGCGUGAGAUGCUUGGCUGCUGCUUUAGAAAUAAAGACGAUCCCUUCCAAUUUGCACGCAAGUGCAUUGUGCUGCGUUCUCCAGGCAGACGGUUCUGCUUUGACACACCAAAGAAUCCCCUAGGCUAGCACAGCCACUGGCACGAAACUCCAGGGUGACCUGAAAGGGUCCGCUUCAUCCCACGCCGUCCGAAUCUACCAAGGUGUCACUCUGUGCAGAGCCAGGCCCCCUUUGGCGUCUGGAGUUCCCGUCCCUGGAAUUCCUAGCUCAUCUCAGACAACAUGGUCUGUAGCCAACAGCCAAGCAGCGAGAACUGGGGUGGGGGGGUGGAGCUCUUGUAAAAAGACUGGGAACACUGGUCCUGUGCUGCCUGGAAGCACUUGAGCCUGUGCCGCUCUCCCUUGUUUAGCCAGGCCCUGGCAGAAGGGGUGCAGUGCUCAAGUAGAAUGCUCUCCCCGCCUCUCUGUGGAGGGAGCAGUGGGGGGGUCAUUUGUGAUGACCAGCUAGUGGGCAGUUGGGUAACUGUAUAGCAAUAUCACAACACGACAUCUUCACUUUAUGCUCAGUUUUCUAAACCAGAGCGCUUCUCCCAUCAAAGAAUCAUCAUUUGUGUUAUACUUUCACUAAGGAAUUUAUGGAAAGAUAUUGUCAAAAUGGUGGGGGUUGUGAUAUUUACAAAGAACGCUUUUGUAUGUUCUAUGGGAUAACUCGCUCUCCAGAGAAACAAAACACUGGUCUUCAAGGGAUGUCUUGUUGAUAAUCUGGUUUGUCUUUGCCCACAAGUUUUAGCUAGC